AUGAAGCUCGUAAGGUUUUUGAUGAAAUUGAACAAUGAGACGGUCUCAAUCGAACUCAAGAACGGCACUGUUGUUCACGGCACCAUCACUGGUGUGGAUAUUAGUAUGAACACACAUUUGAAAACAGUGAAAUUAACUCUGAAGGGGAAAAACCCUGUAACUCUUGAUCAUCUAAGUGUUAGGGGCACCAACAUUCGUUAUUAUAUCCUUCCUGACAGCUUAAAUCUUGAAACUUUACUUGUGGAGGAGGCACCUAGAGUCAAGCCCAAGAAGCCAACUGCAGGUUUGGCAGCUGUAAAAUCUCUGGUGAGGUUUAAGAAUGAACCGGCCAGUUCACUGAUAAGCGUGGACCACUCUUACUGCCAAUCUCGCCGGUAUAAGCAUAUAUUUGAUGGGCCUCCUGAUUGUGCUAGUACGUUCCUUCGUUAUCAAAAAAGCCCACCAACUAAUUCCCACAGCUAG